AUGAUUUGUAUCGUACGCUGCCACAACAAUACGUUUCAGGCUUUAAUAAACAGCGUCUUUACAUUAUUCAUUACUGUUCUAAUUAUAAAAGUACUACUGGUAACCAGCAUGAAAGUAUUUGAGGAGUUGGACGCAAGCUACUACUGUGAAAACGCAAGGAAAUUGUGCUCCGAGUCCAUGGAGCGAGCACCCCAUGUCGUAUGCAAAUACCACAACCACAAGGGCGACUGCCGUCUUUACAAAUAUUACGAUAUAAGUGAGAGCAUGGCUAAUGAAAUAGUAUCUCGGAUUAAUAAAGUGAGAAGUGAAGUAGCUAACGGGAAAGCUGAAGGUGAGGACGGAUUCCUUCCUAAAGGAUACGGGAUGAUGAGAGUUUCAUGGGACAGCGAGCUGGCAGCUAUAGCGAAGCUGGUGAUUUCUAUGUGUCACUCACAAACCGACUACACCUGCGCGGCUACUUCAAAAUUCCACAACCCUGUAAUGGCAUAUUCAUCCAGCAUGAACGUGGACUCCAUGGAAGAGGCGGUGGAUGAUAUUUUGAGGAACUUUGAGGAAUAUAGAGUUACGACCGAUGAUGUCUUCGUUGGACCAAAUGUAAAAGAUGAAGACCAAAAGCUGCGCUACCUGAGACUAGUAGUGGGAGACUUGACACACGUUGGAUGUGCACUAGCUGUGUAUCAAUCUUUUCAAGAUGAAAUGACUCACUUAAAGUGUUACUUGUCACACUCGCCGGUCCAGAACAUGCCAGUAUACAACACCGACCAGCCGCGACCUGAAGACAGGGCGUCUCCAAGGUGCGGCUGUCCCUUAGGGUACAGGGAGGAUGAAGACUGUCUCUGUGUACCCAAACUUAAGAAUGCCAUACCAAGUCCAUUCCCAACAUCUAACGAAUACCAGCCUCAACAGCAAUCGUUCAAUGUGCUCAAACCGAUACAACAAACAGUACAGAAGCUAUCGCUACCGCUCCCGCAGCCCGAUACAAUGUGGCCUUCACCACCGUCCGCUAAUGGGACCAACGUCACCUGCAAGCCCAGGAUCGUAAUGAUGCCCAUAUUCACGUUGCAGAACGCUCCAAGACCGAAGAAGAAUAAAAUCAGACGGAGAUCGCUGGACAAUAAUGCAGAGAGUGCUGUCACAAUGGACGACUUCUAUUUCGCCGACGAGCCAACUUCACCACCCAACCUCACAAUCAGAUCACAACUGCUGUACCAUUUGAAGAAAAAUAGAGAAAAAGCAGGUAUUCAGUUCUACAGCUCAGGAGAAAAACGUUCACAGACACAUGAUCGGAACUGGAAGAAGAUAGUACGCCUCCUAGAUAUGUUGGAGUUGAAGGGAAAGUCUGCCCAUUUGACGAGUCGUGAGGUGAUGGAAGUCGGGACUAAGAUUAAAGAAAUACAUGACCAAGUGCUAGGGACAACUGCAUAUGAUGUGCCUGAAGUUGACUUUUAA